AUUUGAACGCAGCAUCGUGCAGCCGCCCGGCAGACCUGCAGGCAGACGUCACAGAUCCUGGAUCAGCGGAACUUCGAGUCCUGAAGCCGGUAUGAACACGGAGGAGACCGAACUGGAGAUGAAGGAACCCGAGAACCAAGUCUCGGACCUGAAAGACCCGAAGGAUCCGGAUCAGCAGGCCGCUGCGGACCCUGAUGCUACGGAGGCCGACGUGAGUCAGGCAGACCUGGACCAGGAGGAGCAGGAGAAGCAGCCCAUGACCGGAGCUCCGUGUGCUGGUGAACAGGAGGAGGAGAAGGAGAAGAACGGUUCAGUGAAGGUGAAGAUCCUGGAGGAGACGGAGGAGAAGUUCACGGGCCUGAAUAAGGAGGAGCUGCUGAGGGUGGCAGGAACCCCGGGCUGGAUCAGAACCCGCUGGGCACUCCUGUUUGUGUUCUGGCUCGGCUGGUUGGGGAUGUUGGUGGGAGCCGUCCUCAUCAUCCUACAGGCUCCUGGCUGCAGAGAGCUGCCGCCCACCAACUGGUGGAACCAUGGACCCCUGUACCAGAUCGGAAAAGUCCAGGUCUUCACAGACCUGCACAACCUGAGAGGUGUGGAGCAGAAGAUGAACAGUUUGUCUCAGCUGAAGGUGAAAGGUUUGGUUCUUGGACCGAUACAUGUGGCUCCCCGUGAUGACGCCAUGGGUCUGAGGUUUGAGGAGAUUUCCCCUGAGGCUGGAAACCUGGAGCAGUUUAAAGGUUUCAUUCAUGCAGCUCACAAGAAUGGGAUUUCUGUGGUUCUGGAUUUGACCCCAAAUUAUCUGGGAUUAUCUGGACCCUGGUUUUCCAGCAGCAGUGUGACAAACGUAGCAGAAAGACUGAAGUCCGCCCUGGUGUUCUGGCUGAAUGAAGGUGUGGACGGUAUCCAGCUCUCGGCUGUGGAGGAUGUGGCCAACAUGGUUCCAUCUCUGUGGGCUGACAUCCGAGCCAUCGUUCAGAACAGGACAGACAAGAAUCCCAGUGCCAGGGUCCUGAUUGGUGUCACUAAAAGCUCCUCAGCCCAAAAUGUGUCUGAUCUUCUCUCCUACACUGGAGUCGAUCUGCUGAUCUCCAAUGUCCUCACGUAUGGGAAAAAUUAUACCACCAAUUACGCUGAGGCCAUACAGGACUUGUAUUCCUCCCACAGCCAGACCAAGCUGGCCUGGAGUCUGGGGGGUCGGGCUGAAGGUCAUCUGGCCUCAUUAGUGAGCCGGGCUCAGGUCAAACUCCAUCAGCUGCUGCUGCUGACUCUGCCUGGAACACCAGUCUUUAAUUAUGGAGAUGAGAUUGGCCUGAUGGAUGAGGCAACCAAAUUUCCCAAGAUGCUUUGGGAUCCAGAGAAGGAGCUGAACGGGACUCUUCAGGAGGAGCAGUCUGAGCGUUUGUCGUAUCGCAGCUUCUUCUGCUCGGCGAGCGAGCUGCGCAGUAAAGCUCUCUCGCUGCUCCACGGAGACUGGGUGCUCCUCUUCAACUCGUCCUCCUCCCUGGUGUACCUGCGGGUCUGGGACCAGAGUGACCGGUACCUGGCUGCCUUUAACUGGGCUGAGGAAGAGGUGGUGUUUCAGCUGAGCGGUUCGGUGGUGCCUCGACACGGGGCGGUGGUCCUCAGCACCAACAGCAGCGCCCUACCUGAAGACGGCAGCGUGGACCUGAACAACCUGCAACUCGGUCCCGGACAGGCCGCUCUCAUCAAGUUACCAUCGUCAGGAUAGAAGACGAGUCCACUUCCUGUUCGUUCUGAUUCCAGGUCCUCGUGCAGCCUCACUCAGACCGACAGGGAGAUGACGUGAAGCAAAACGUAGUUUAAGGUUCACUGUGAGGAGAACGUCACUAACCCAGCUGUCAAUCACCUUGUUAUUCUAGCUGUCAAUCAAAU